CCUACGUCCCUGCUUCAUGUCAACAAGAACAAGAAGCAAAUUCUUAGCUACAUUUGCCACAACAACCCAAUACUAAAACCGUUUCCAUUUCAGAACUAAAGCCCCUUAAGAAGGUUAAAGAUGGCAAUGAUUCCAAGCAUCUUCGGUAACCCAAGAAGCAACUUCUUCGAGCCCUUCUCCUCUUUCGACCUUUGGGAUCUAUUUAAAGACUCUCCAUUUCCUACUUCAUCUUCAAUUCUGUCUCGUGAAAAUUCUGCAUUUGUCAAUGCACGCGUAGACUGGAAGGAGACUCCAGAAGCUCAUGUAUUCAAAGCGGAUCUCCCCGGACUUAAAAAAGAGGAAGUGAAAGUGGAAAUUGAGGAUGACAGAGUUCUUCAAAUCAGCGGAGAAAGGAAUGUGGAGAAGGAAGACAAGAAUGAUACUUGGCAUCGUGUGGAGCGCAGCAGCGGCAAGUUCUUGAGGAGGUUUAGGCUGCCAGAGAAUGCGAAGAUGGAUCAGGUUAAAGCUUCCAUGGAGAAUGGAGUUCUCACUGUCUCUGUUCCAAAACAGGAAGCAAAGAGACCUGAUGUUAAGGCCAUUGAGAUUUCUGGUUGAGCUGUAAAUCAUAUGGAACAAGAAGAAGAGAUAACAAGGAUGUUACUUCUGAUCUUUACAAGUUAAUGUUUGUUGGCAAUAUUAUGUGUUUGAUGUAAUUUUUAUCUCUUGAAUAAAAAUAAUAUAUAUCAGCUUUCAUAAUAUGUUCUA